AUGUGUAAAAAGUGAGUUUUUAUAGAAUUUAUUUUCCUCAAAAAUUUCAUUUUUUUUCCAGAACUGUAUCUACACUACAGUAAUAUUACUCAAAAAUUUUCAAAAUUUGUGAAUUCAUUAAAAAAAACGCGCCAAUAUACGCGGAAUCAACUUGCUUUUUCGACAGAAAUAAAUUUAGUGAGUUUUUUUUAAUAGAAUUUCAAGUUUCAAUUUUUUUUGUUUUUCAGAAUUUGUAGAAUCUAACUUAGAGGAAGAAGCAUUUUCAAAAAAUGUGUAUCUAGAACGUGAGUUUUCAUUUUUCAAAUAAUUUUAUUCAAAACAAAAAAAAACUGUUGAUUUUCAGAACUGUAUCUAAACUACAGUAAUAUUGCUCGGAAAAUUUUAAAAAUUCGUGAAUUCACAAUUCGAUUUGACAAUAUACCCAGUGUAAUUGGAGGAGUAUUGUUUGAAAUCCGAGAACUCUGUAAGCAAUACCCCAAAAAAAAAUUUAAGUGAGUUUUUUCCACAAUUUUCAGCUCUGAAAGAAAAAAAACAAAUAUUUUCAGGAUUUGUAAAAUCAUUCACUUCGAUGAAGCCCUGAUCGGAAAAAAAUUGAAAUCUGAAAAUGUGAGUUUGCUUGAAAAUAUGUAACGUUCCUCAAAAAUUCUUAUAUUUUCAGAACUGUAUCUACACUACAGUUAUCUUACUCGAAAUGUAUGAAUUUGAAAAUUUGGGAUCAUUUCAUAAUCAAGAGAAAGAAAGCUCGGAUAGUUUCCACAAUAAAAAAGAAGUUUGAGGUGAGUUUUUCUAGAAAAAAAUUUUCAUUAAAGCAUUACAUUUUUUCAGAUCUAUCCACACUACAGUGAUAUUGCUCAAAAAUUUGAAAAUCGAAAUAUGAGAAUCAUAGCACUAUGGGACCCUGGAUCCAAAAAAUGA